AUAUAGGAGUGAUAUCAGAAGAAGGAGGAAGAAAAAAAUAUUCUGUUUCGAUCAGUGACGUAAACUAGUGAUACACUCGAAAAAGGAGAUCGAUCAAGUAUUCAUUCAUCUCAUUCCGAUAUUUAUUCAUCUGUACGUGUCCUUACAUUGAUGUCACCAGCCUGUGGGAUGCUGCUGGAUGAGACGCCACUAUUCGAGCCAGCUCUCCUCCAGGAGCUGGACUGGAGUAGCAAGACCGUGUCCUUCUCUCCCCCAAUCUCCCCCUCCCAGCCUGGGGAAGGUCUGGUCCUCAGGCCCCUCUGCACAGCCGACUUCAACAGGGGAUUCUACAAGGUGUUAUCCCAACUCACAACUGUAGGAGAUGUUACGCCAGAGCAGUUUAUUAAGAAAUUUGAGCACAUGAAAAAGACUGGGGACUACUAUGUCAUCGUGGUGGAGGACACAAACCUGGGACAGAUUGUUGCCACGGCCACAUUGAUCACAGAGCACAAAUUCAUUCAUUCCUGUGCAAAGAGAGGAAGGGUGGAGGAGGUAGUUGUCAGUGACGUGUGCCGGGGAAAACAGCUGGGGAAACUGUUAGUGUCGACCCUCACUCUCCUCAGCAAAAAACUAGAUUGCUAUAAAAUAACAUUGGAAUGUGCACCCAAGAACGUGGCCUUCUACACAAAGUUUAGCUACUCCGCAUCAGACGAGACUUACAUGCAGUGUCGGUUCUUUGAUUGAGUGUUGUUCUCCCUCCCUGGGAUUUGACUUGAAGAAAUUGGUUCCAGGACAUUGUCAUAUUGGUUCAACAUCCUAGGAUCCCCCAACGUUCAAGUCGUCUCCCCACCGUCAGAGUCACCGUCCCUCUGGUCACAAAGCUACCUCACGUGGGGGAGAUUUGGCAUUGUGUCCCUGGCUUCCCCACAAAGGAAUGUCAAUCCAUUCGGGAAUUUGGGACUUCUGCACAUGCAAUAAAGUGCUCUCUGUGCUUUAUAGAUAUUUUUCUGUUUUUUGAUUCAUAAAUGUAUGUGUUAAGAGGGUUUAGUUAAUAUUUACAUAUGUUAAUUGCAAUUUAAGGUUUGCAGACCGGUCCACAUGUGAGAUAUGCGAAGGCAAGUGACACACGUACUACAAAGACCAUUUGGUAACAUUGAUAUCUUAAUGUAGGGCAGAAAAUUUGGGACAUUGAUUAUGCUAAGGUACUGCAUAUUUAUUUUGGGAAAUUGUAUUUUCUGUUCAUUGGGAAAGACUUUGAUCUCUGUGCCCUUUACACUAACUGUGCUUGCAACCUAUUGGGCAGCACAGAAUUACUGUGAAGUUUGACAUAUGCUUUUAGUGAUCAAUGGUACAUGGGCUAUUUCAAACCUCAGGAAGUUCAAGUUGUACACAAGUAAAAUCAUGUAUAGGUUUGAGGGAAUUCUGUUCUAGAAAAUACAUAGCUACAUUUGGUAUGAAGAUAUGGGUAAUUGUAGUGAAAGCUUAUUUAUUCAACCUUAGGUUUUUUAGUUUCACAAUUAUGCUGUACAACUGGGGACACUUAUUCUAUGUAAAAUGCUAAUAAAUUAUUUUUACACUGGU